AUGGGCAAUUCUGACAUGCUGGUUGCAGCAGAGACCCAAUUCUUGGCGUUAAAUGAGGCUCCAGCCAGGUGUGAGGAGACUCCCAGAGAGGAGGAGGGGCCAAGAGUGAUCCCAACUCCGCCGGGGCCCGCCCCCACCCCGAGCCACUCCCACCAGAAGGAGCACACAGAAGAUCAAAGACUACAGUUGCUGGAAUGUGAGCUGAGCAAGAAGAGAAAAGAAUGUGAAAACUUGGAACAUGAAGUUAGGAAGAGACAGAAGGGAUGUCUGGAUUUGGAGAGCCAGCUUGAGGAUGAGCGAGGCAAAAAUGGGCAUCUAGAGGAGGAGGCAGAUCUCCUCAGGAGGAAGGCACAGCUGCUCGACCAGACCUGGGUUGAGAAUGAGGAGCUGAGAGAACAGCUCUCUGAAGUGACCGCUCAACGUGAUUCAGGUCUCAAGGAGAACCAGAGACUCCGUGUCAAACUGGAUAACCUGGAGCAGGUCCUAAAGCAUAUGCGAGAGGUCGCCGAGCGCAGGCAGCAGCUGGAACUGGAACAUGAGCAGGCACUGGCUAUCCUCAAGUUCAAACAGAAUGAGAUCAAACGACUACAGCGGGCAGAGUUGUUUGCCAAGAGGGAGCAUGAAGGAGUGGUACAGAUGCUGGAGGACUUGAUUCAGCGUGUAUUGCAGAGGGUGUUGUCUAAGGUGCGGGAGUUGGAGGAUAAGUGUCACAGCCAGAGUGAACAGUUCAGCCUGCUCAGCCAAGAGCUGGAGACCUUCAGACUACAGGCUGGCAAACUGGACCUGUCUGGCUCCACCAUCCUCACUAACCCCCCUCUCUGCCAUCUGACCAACGGGGUGGGCCUCACCGGAGAUGUGGCAGCAACUCUACGGAUGGGGGCCGCCCCUCGCGCUGCGGGUCACACACGCUCCCCCACCGUAAAGCACCGUGAGCUGCCCACCAUCAGCCUGACCAAGACCUCCAGCACCCCCAAGUCUGCCUCUGAUACCACCCACCUCUCCCCCAAGUCAGCCGAGUCCCACCACAGCCCACGCAGGACCAGCCCCACGCCACACGAGGUUGACACGGCCAGUGAAGUGGAGGAGCUGGACAUCGAUGUAUCCCCAGCGCCUUACACAGCUCUCAGGGGAGCCUCCCAGCUACAGGUGUUCAUUGCCAGAUAUAGCUAUAACCCUUACGAUGGUCCCAAUGAUAACCCAGAGGUGGAGCUGCCUCUCACCGCUGGGGAGUACAUCUAUGUUUAUGGCGGUAUGGAUGACGAUGGCUUCUAUGAAGGAGAGCUGAUGGACGGGCGAAGAGGGCUGGUCCCCUCCAACUUUGUGGAGCGUGUCUCAGACGACGACAUGAUAAGCGCCCACGUUCCAGAGGGCACGGAUAUAUCCCACAACUCCCUGCUGGACAGCAGCCUGCACAGCGCCAGUCACCAGCACCACCUCUGCCUUGGGGGCCCAGGUACCUCUGAGAGGACAGACCCUACGUCAGCAGCCUCCGUCCCGGUUUCUCUCUCCGUCCCCUCAGGGGAGCAGUUCCCCUCGGAUCCAUCCCUCCCAGCCCCCCUCACCAACGGCCUGGAUCUGGACCUAGAGGUGGGGGUGGGCACUGUGCCUUACCCGCGCAAGCUCACCCUCAUCAAGCAGCUGGCCAAGAGCAUCAUCAUCAGCUGGGACGGACCGCUGGUGCCGGCGGGCUGGGGCAACGUGUGGAGCUACAAUGUAUACGUGGACCAGGAGCUGAAGCUCAACGUGCCCUUCGGCUCCCAGACUAAAGCUGUCCUAGAGAGACUAGACGUCACCCUCAAGGCCUACCGGGUGUCUGUGCAGAGCCUGACGGAGCGCGGCAACUCGGACCAGCUCCGUUGCUCAUUACUGGUGGGCAGGGACGUGUGUGUGGCGCCCACCCAGCUCAGAGUCGACCGGGUCACCGCCACCUCGGCCAGCCUGGCCUGGCUGCCGAGCAACAGUAACUAUGUGCAUGUUGUGUCCUUGAACGAGGAGGAGAUGGAACUGGUGAAGGCUGGCAGAUACUCACUGUGCCUCGGUAACCUCACGCCCAGCCUUCAGUACACAGUCAAGGUGGAGGCUCAGCCGCACCAAACCCCCUGGGAGAUUCCCCAGGAGAGACGGGAACACAAGACCGCCACCACCACCUUCACCACGCUGGCCGCAGGCCCCCCAGACGCUCCUCUGGGCGUGCAGCUGGAGCAGGGGCCGUCCCUGGGAAUCGCCCUCAUCAGCUGGCUGCCUGUCACCAUCGAUGCUGCUGGGACCUCCAACGGGGUCCGCGUCACCGGAUACACAAUCUACGCUGACAAGAGAAAGGUGUUGGAGGUGUCAUCCCCAACGGCGGGCAGUGCCCUGAUGGGCCCGUCUCAGAUCCAGUCCCUGAUGGCAGCCCACGAGCUCACUGUGCGCACCAUGUCUGCCCAUGGGGAGUCCAUCGACUCUGUGCCAGUCAACGUGCCCACCAAGUUGUCCAACAUCAUGACCGGCCAGGCUUCGGCCGCCUCCUGCUCCUCGUCAACCCCCAUUCGUCAGUCAGCCCCUGUUCACCAGUCGCCCUCCUACCAGUCAACCCCUAUCUACCAGUCGCCACACUACCAGUCACCCCCAGUGCAUCAGUCAACUCCUGUCCACCAGUCGCCCCCCUACCAGUCACCCCCAGUGCAUCAGUCAACUCCUGUUCACCAGUCGCCCUCCUACCAGUCACCCCCAGUGCAUCAGUCAACUCCUGUCCACCAGUCGCCCCACUACCAGUCACCCCCAGUGCAUCAGUCAACCCCUAUCUACCAGUCGCCCUCCUACCAGUCACCCCCAGUGCAUCAGUCAACUCCUGUCCACCAGUCCACCAGUCACCCCAGUGCAUCAGUCAACUCCUCCACCAGUCAGUCACCCCCAGUGCAUCAGUCAACUCCUGUCCACCAGUCGCCCUCCUACCAGUCACCCCCAGUGCAUCAGUCAUCUCCUGUCCACCAGUCGCCCCCCUACCUGUCUUCGUCACCACACGUCCAGCCCCAAUCCCCAUCUUAUGGGAACUCAGCUGCCAAAGUGUCCACGCUGCCCUACGCCACUGCCUCGCCGCCACUAGACGUCGCCCACGCCAUGGGCCCUAACGGGGCCCUCCACACAGAGGCCUGCUCCCCACACCCUGCCUCGUACGCGGAGGUCUGGGCUAACCCCUUAGCAAAAUCUCCUGUCCCCCCUUGGGCUGCCUUGGCAGUGCUUGAGGCUAUGUCAUCUCCAGUAGCACUAAACUAUCAGGCCAAGUUACCAUCACUACCGUCAGCCUAUCAGGCCAUGCUACCAUCAGCUUCUCACAUCAACACAACGAGCCCACAUCUAGGCCCAGCAGCGGCCACUGAGCAGAGCAGAGCAGACACAGACCGCCCCAGAGUUCUCCGUCCUGUCAUGUCCAUCACAGACUUUCUCCCUGUGGAGGACGACUCCCGUGUCAACCUUUCAACCCCUGAGCCCUACCCCACCCCGCCCAAGGCCCUUGUGCCACCCGCUGGGGACCUCAUCAACCCCCUGGACACACAGCCUCUCCGGCCCCCCAGAGCCCCCUCUCCCUUGGAAUCAGAACCAGACUACUCCAUGGAGAGGCCGACCACACGCUUGGUGUCCAUGGAGGAGUUCCUCAGUCAGGACCAGGACACAGGCUUCAACAGGCAGCAGCGGUAUACCGCCGGUCCGGUGGAGCCAGAGAGCAGUAGGGGAUCUGACCUGUCUGAUAUCCUGGAGGAAGAGGAGGAUGACCUCUACUCUGACACACACCCUGAUCCGCCCUGGCCCGGGCCAGACCAGUGGGAGGUGCCGGACAGUGACGAGGAGAUUGUGGAGAAGAUCCUGAAGCUUCCUCCUCAGGCCCAGACUCAGGCCUACCACUACCAUCAGCAGGGUCAUCAUCACCACAACGAGCACUUGUUCAGCAUCCCAGAGGUCACCGAUGAAGAGGAUAACAGUGUUGACCUCCGUCGCCACCGCAGGCAGUCCCAAGCCGGGCCCAGCCACCAUCCUGAUGAUCCCCACUACCACAGCCCCAGACACCAACCCCAGCCACACCACCACCACCACCGCAGGCAGUCCCAAGCCGGGCCCAGCCACCAUCCUGAUGAUCCCCACUACCACAGCCCCAGACACCAACCCCAGCCACACCACCACCACCACAGCAGCAGACCCGAAGCCAAAGAGCCUUCACCCAGACACAGUGGUGGUGCUGUUUUUCGGGCCCAGAACAGGGUCCACUACACAGACACAGAAGACAGCAUCAGCCACCCCGAGGAGGGGCUGCUGGACACCGGGGGCAGUAGGGAUGUUUGGGUUCCCCGGGCCACCCAGAAGGCCCACCACGGGGGAGGGAGUAAGGCGGGGACGAUGGCCUUGGUAGGCGGACUGGGGGACCGCCUCAGACGAGAAGCCUUGCUACGGAGUCAGAUGACGGUCGCUGAGUUUACGACCCAGGCCACCGGACACACACCGGGCCCGGGCUCCCAUCCGGUCAGCAAGACGGUCCGGAAGGUCAAUUCCCCGGUGGGCUCGGUAACAGAAAUCGACCUUGAGUACGGGACAGAUGAGGAGGAGCCGUUGACCUACGACCCCGGGGAACGAGGGGAGUUGGUGGUAGACCAGAUGAGCUCUGAGUGGUGGGUGGAGGGGGUACAGCCUGAACCCCGGCCUCGGCUCCGGGGAAAGCCUGCGCUCCAGGCCAUCAUAGCUACUGCAGCAGAAUGGGUGUGUUGUCACUCGUUGUAUCCUGUGGCUGUAUUCCCUCUGGAUUCCCUGUCUUCGACCGGCGCCUGUGUCGUCAUCAGGUCACCUGUUGACCAGGAGUCUGGCAGAGACCUGUCGAUGGAGGCUGGUGCUGGGUGGAGCGGACAGCCUGGACUAUCUCCUAAACUGACCAGGUCAGAGGUCAUACAUCAGCUCAAAGAGAGCAUGGAUCAUUCAUGGCCUAAAGGAGACAAUGAGGUGCGUAUCUUUGUGGCUCUGUUCCCCUACGACCCUGUCAACAUGUCUCCCAACCCCGACGCUGCUGAGGAAGAACUGCCCUUCAGAGAGGGACAAAUCAUCAAGAUCUACGGAGACAAAGACUCGGAUGGAUUCUACCGCGGCGAGUCGAGCGGUCGUCAUGGUUACGUGCCAUGUAACAUGGUGUCAGAGAUUCAGGUGGAGGACGAGGAGACCAGAGAGACACUCCUGCAGCAGGGCUUCCUGUCUACCGCAACAAACAUGGAGAAGAUUGGCACUCGCUCACAUGCACAGCUUCCGCGUCGCCCUGUCCCACCGCCGAAACCGAGACGAUCCAAGAAAGUGGAGGCUGCUGCGCUGUGGGAAGAUAGCUUAGACUCCUCCAGUCAAGAUCCCAGCCAAUCUGAUGUCGCCACGGCAAACCCGGCGGACACCGGUCCUCGCAGGAUGAAGGCCAUCUUUGAUUACGACCCUCGAGAGAGCUCUCCCAACGCUGACAUCGAGGUUGAGCUGACCUUUGGUGCCGGGGAUAUCAUCUAUGUGUUUGGUGACAUGGACGAUGAUGGGUUCUUCUAUGGUGACCUGAACGGACACAAAGGCCUGGUCCCAUCUAACUUCUUACAGGCUGCCCCAGAGGCUGCUGGGAAAGCUCCACCAUUUGACUCCCAGCCUCCGUCUGUAGCCGAGCCCAGGACAGAAUCGCAGAAGCAAAAACGAACUGUGCACUUUAAGACUCACCCACCCCUCCACACAGGGCUGACUGGCCCAGUCCACACACACCCACCCCUCCACACAGGGCUGACUGGCCCAGCCCACACACAUCCACCCCUCCACACAGGGCUGACUGGCCCAGUCCACACACAUCCACCCCUCCACACAGGGCUGACUGGCCCAGUCCACACACAUCCACCCCUCCACACAGGGCUGACUGGCCCAGUCCACACACACACACCCCUCCACACAGGGCUGACUGGCCCAGCCCACACACAUCCACCCCUCCACACAGGGCUGACUGGCCCAGUCCACACACAUCCACCCCUCCACACAGGGCUGACUGGCCCAGUCCACACACACCCACCCCUCCACACAGGGCUGACUGGCCCAGUCCACACACACCCACCCCUCCACACAGGGCUGACUGGCCCAGUCCACACAGACCACCAACACCUGGAUCCGUCCGCAGCAGCAGCCAUGAUGAAACCCUCCUCCAUGGACCCUGCCCCAACCCCAAGGCAAGCCAGCCUCAGCACCUCUCCGCCCCACGUCCCAGCAGAAAGCCCCCCACAGACAGACGUCUCCCCACCAGGCAAGAAAAAGAAAGGCUUGUUCUCCAAAGGGAAGAAGCUUUUCAAGAAGCUGGGAUCCAGCAAGAAGGAUUGAAACUUGGGACAUUUACCAACUCAUUGCACUUUUUGUUGAAAACACUUUUAUAUCAUUAUCAGUCUUGGUUGUCUUGAGCUAUGCUGUUAGUUUAGUUGUAAUAUUCAGUAACUAUGGAUACACUAAGAUAUUAUACAGCUGAAUACAGCUCUUCGAUAUAAUACUAUUAGACGAGCUGGCAAUAUGUGGAGGGUAUUUUGUGUGUAUCUGAAAUGGCACCCUAUUCCCUAUAUAGUGCACUACUAUAGCACCCUAUUCCCUAUAUAGUGCACUACUAUAGCACCCUAUUCCCUAUAUAGUGUACUACUAUAGCACCCUAUUCCCUAUAUAGUGUACUACUAUAGCACCCUAUUCCCUAUAUAGUGUACUACUAUAGCACCUUAUUCCCUAUAUAGUGUACUACUGUAGCACCCUAUUCCCUAUAUAGUGCACUACUUUGGGAAUAGGGAGACAUUUCAGAUGCAACCAUUGCCGUAUAUAAGAUGUGAUGGCAUCAAUUGAGCGCGUGUUAAUGAGCACGUUGAAGUAUUUCAGCUCCUAACCUGUUCUGUGCUUAUAGACUUCCUCUGAAUACCCACUGAUUCUAUGAUAACCUUUAGUAGUCCACUCUGUGAGGGGUUUCUCCUUCACCUUCAUCUGGCAGUAUUAUCUGGAAGAAUUUGAUCAGAUACUGAUGUUAAAAAUGGUGCUCUAGACUUUCAUUUAGACUCUCCAUCGUUGGCUUGGAGAGGCCCAUGCAUCAUGUACAGGCUACACUUCAACCACUGUCAGUUUAAACUGAGAGGACGGGCUUGGAGAGGCCCCAUGCAUCAUGUCCAGGUUAUGCUCCAACCACUGUCAGUUUAAACUGAGAGGACGGGCUUGGAGAGGCAUCAUGCCCAGGUUACGCUCCAACCACUGUCAGUUUAAACUGAGAGGACGGGCUUGGAGAGGCCCCAUGCAUCAUGUCCAGGUUACGCUCCAACCACUGUCAGUUUAAACUGAGAGGACGGACUUGGAGAGGCCCCAUGCAUCAUGUCCAGGUUACGCUCCAACCACUGUCAGUUUAAACUGAGAGGACGGACUUGGAGAGGCCCAUGCAUCAUGUCCAGGUUACGCUCCAACCACUGUCAGUUUAAACUGAGAGGACGGGCUUGGAGAGGCAUCAUGUCCAGGCUACGCUCCAACCACUGUCAGUUUAAACUGAGAGGACGGGCUUGGAGAGGC